CUUGUGUAAGUUCAACGAGUUUCUCUGCAGCACAACGUUUGGGUUUUGAAGAACAGAGCAUAAGGUCAUCACUUUGCACAUCAUUCAAAAGGUAAAAAUGGAUUUCUUUAGAGAAUUGAGAGAGCUACGGGGUAACCAGGGUGGGGAGGAAGAAGAGGGGGUGAUUGCCGCGGAACCUAUCGUGAUGAUAGUACCAUCGUGUCUGCAGGAUUUGCCGGAGACAAUGACGCCAGAGAGCAGCGCCGGUUCAAGCGCCGGAGAUAAUGGUGACGGCCACCACGCUUCACCGUCCAGCAGCUCGCCUUCUGGGGAUUCGUCAAAUCAUGAGAAAGAGCCGGAGAACGUAGGUGGUAACGAACAGGGUCUGCCCGCGGCUGGAGAAUGGGAGAAUAAGGGCGGCGCUUCAUCACGAAGUAGCGGACAACGCGCCCUUAAUAAGUGGGUACAAGAGGCUGGAGGAGAUGAUAAGGGAAUACCAAAUCCCCAGGACAAUAUUGGUGCGAACUGGUGGGCAGAACGAGAGGGCUUGCUCGGUAUUGCAGACGGGCUGGAUACCUGUGUAUGCAGAUCAUUUCGACGCUGGUCUGCGAUUUCCCUUGCCCGGACUGGUAUUCGACCUGCUUGCAGACUACGAGCUGCCUUUGACGCAGCUGACGCCCAACAGCAUCAGGUUCAUCGUGGGCUUUAUGCUGUUGUGUGCGAGACUAGAGGUACCAGCCAAGGCGAUAGUGUUCAGGUCGCUGUUCCAGUGCCGGUUGUGUCCGACGCAAAAGGAGAGAAGUGGUACUACCUCUCUAGGAGGGACAAGAGCCAGCUCUUCAAAAACGUAAGGAAUAAAGUGGCGCGGUGGAAAAUGCAGUUCAUUUUCUUUCGCGACACGCGAACAGAGAGGGUAAGCAAUGACCUCACUGCCCGACUAGCGGAAUGGCGUACGCCAAAUGCGCACGUGAAUUAUCCCCAACUGCUGCCACGGGACACGGACCUCAAGAAACGACUGAGAAAUGAGCAGCAUUCUCGAACGCCAACGUCUACGAGCACAGAGCUCCCGCGACCGCGGGCCGAGCAGCACCACAUAGAGACAGACGCGGUCAGACGAGCGACCGCUAGCCGCGCCUCAAUCGCGCAGCUCGUCCCAUCGAGGGUGGCCCGUCCUGCAACCGUGCGUUCACCCAACGCACCAUCAGUGAUUGCGCGGGAUGCAAUAGAGCCCGGCUCUGCAUCGGCUUCGAUGUUGGGCCCCAGGAUUGCUUAUCCUGAGGGCUUCAGUUAUGUGCGGGCGGAGUGCCAGCCCGCCAUGGUGCAAGCCAUGCACAGUUUUGUGCCCCCAGCGGAUAGUCGGCGGGCAAAAGCUUUUGUACUUACAAUUGUUGCUGUUUGGCAGGCAUUCAGCUACGCUAUAGCGCUCUACGAGAGUGAGCAGGAGGCUCGUUCACAGAACGGCGAGCUCGGUUCAAAAUGCAAACAGCUGGCUGCUGAGAAGGCUAGCCUUGUGGACGAUCUCAGGGAGGAGUUGGAGCACGCUCGAGCUGAAAAAGAGAGCAGAAUCCAGGUGGCGAAGGACGAGGCCGCCAGGAUUGAGGAACGGGCGAAGAAGGCUGAGGCCGAUAGGGACCGUGCUCAGCACGAGCUGAGCUCCCUUAGGCACCAGGUCGCCGAGGUGGACCGGAACCUUACUGCUACCGGGGAGGCGCUGAACGAGCUGAAGACUUCCCAUGCACGCUCUGUCAGCAUUGCCCGGGCUCAAGGGGCGGAAUGGUUCGUGGGUUCGGCUACGUUUCAGGACGCCGUGGCGGUGGCGUCUGCAAAUGUAACCAUGGAGAUCUACAACGAGAUCCGUGGAAAGGUGCUGCAACACUGCCCGGACUUCCCGAUUGGCGAACUGGUGUUCGUUGACGGGGAGGACCUGAACAAGCAGAAGAAGAGUCUUGCUCCCCUUGUCGACGCCACGGAUCCAACAGGGCUACCCUCCUUUGACGCAUGGGUAGAGGGUGCUCCUGUAGCUGAGCAGGAACCUUCAAGCACCCCACCCAACUCUCAGCCUGCUGUGGUGCCAGCUAGCUCGCCCGUCAGCGCACCAGCCUCUGAGCCCGCAGAUCGGUCUACUCCAGCUCGCUCUCCUGCAGCUGCUGCUGAUGCAUCUAUGCCCGUCGAUCUGACGGAUGACUAGAUUUAGGGUUUUUCUUUUGAUCUUUUGUAUUUCGCUUUUGCAUUUUUGUAUUUGAUCAAUGGAUUCAUAUCAUAUGUACCUUCAAUGUAAACAUCUUUGAUGAAAUACAAAAAUGAGUUUUCCUUUGAAUUUUUGUUGUAUUUUUGGUAUAUCAUUGUUUACAACUGUCGAAUAACAACUUGAAUAAAAGAAUAGUAUACAG